AUGAUGUCAAAUCCAGGAUCUGCGGGACACGGCGACAAGCCGACCAAAACAUGCCCAGGAGGUUUGCUGUCAGUCCUGAGGAGGCUGAAACACUCUCCAGAUCAGGAGGUCAGGAUCCUCCUUCUGGGCCUGGACAAUGCUGGAAAAACGACCAUUCUCAAACAGCUUGCCUCUGAGGAUAUCAGUCACAUCACCCCGACACAAGGGUUUAACAUAAAGAGUGUUCAGUCCCAAGGUUUUAAACUUAAUGUCUGGGACAUUGGCGGUCAACGGAAGAUCCGACCCUACUGGAGGAACUACUUUGAGAACACCGAUCUUCUGAUCUAUGUGAUUGACAGUGCAGACAGGAAACGCUUUGAGGAGACAAGUCAGGAGUUGGCUGAGCUGCUUGAGGAAGAGAAACUGAGUAUGGUGCCAUUGUUAAUAUUUGCCAACAAGCAAGACAUGUUAACUGCUGCUCCUGCUUCAGAGAUCGCUGAGGGCCUCCACCUGCACACUAUCAGAGACAGAAUAUGGCAAAUUCAACCUUGUUCUGCACUCACUGCAGAAGGGGUGCAGGAUGGUAUGGUAUGGCUGUGCAAGAACAUAGCAACCAGAAAGAAAUGA